AUGUUGAGAAGACUGAAUCUCCAUGGCCGGAUACUCAACCCACUAUACCGCCGCAAUGUACUUCGUGUACCAAGACAGUGCAAUCAGAGUCUUGAAUAUUCAUUCGUAAGGGGUUAUUCAUCAGAACUUGUUUUGGAAAAGAAACCUCAAUCUCCGACGAGUGAUUGGUUAUUUGAUAUUCCUCCAGUAUUCAAUUCACCAGACGAACUUGGAAAGCCUCUUCCGCCUAUAGCUGUCUUUUCGAGAGAUAAAAUUGAUUGGGAGGCUGUAGAUAAAAUCUUCAUCAAACGUCCGAAAUUAGCUAAAAGUCUUAUUAGACAUGGUGACACUGGAAUCAGUAAGGUUGCGUUCCUUGCUUCUCUGAACGAGGUCAGAUUGAGCAAAGCCCACUGUACUUUUGAAUAUGAAAGCCAGAGUUAUUUUGGAACGGAUGGUCAGAGGAUUCUUUCUAAAUGCAGCCUGACUUUCAACCUUCCUAAUGAAGCUCCUAUAAAUAUCGUUGGGUUAUCUACCAAAAAGUGUUUGGCUAGAGGAGUUGCACUGUUACAACUUUUCCCCAUUCUUGAAGAAAAGCAAGUAUUAGAUGACUUGUUACUCCUCAUCUCACAAAAACGGGUUGUUCAAACAGAACAAGAGAAACUCGAUCAGAAUGUUCAAUCCACAGAGACUCAACCAGUAGUGCUAAUCGAACCAGCGGAGACAAAAUCAAUUCCGGAUGCUCUGUUAACACACAAACAUGAACCACCGGUAGAACCGAAAUUAUUGAUGUCGGCAAAAAUACCGAAAGAGCUCACAUCGAAUCAUCUUGCCACGCGUGAAGUGUUUAAUUAUGCAGCAAGAUAUCUACACAUCCCGGAAUACACUGUCAAUGUCCAGAAAGUUCCUGAAAGAGAACGCUCGAGCAACCUCGUCAUAUCAAAAAAGCCUGCAACUGCAAAAACAAUUUUUACUGUCACUAUAUCUUUGCCUGAACAUAGUAUUCAUGCAACCGCAACCAGUUUCGAUCUCGCAUUUACGGAGACUAUGGCAUGUACAGAGUUCAAAGUGCAAGCCGAGAAGCACCAUAUUGCGAAUACCAUACCUUCCGAUUCAUUAGAAGAACCAAUCGUUUUAACCACUGCAAACGUGAGAAACUUUAUAGAUUUCUAUAAUGACUACAAUGACAGAUUAGUCAUUCGGAUAAAGCGCGAGGACGACAUUUUCAAAAGUCAAGCCUUUACCAGGGAUUCUGACACUACAGCUCUUGAAACACUUGGUCCGGCUAUUGAGAGAAGCAGUUCUCGUGACCUUGAAACGUUGACUCUUCUAGUUGCUGCAGUCACACUAGUUAAGCAAAGACCUCAACUACUCUUGGAUUAUUCGAAAAAGCUGGAUGUAAGAACUGGAAAAUACGUGGGCAGAGCUCUUCCUAUGAAGCUUGAAUUACACCAGACUAGUCUGGAGUUAAUGCAACGCACGGUAGAAACCACCACAAAGCUAGACUUAUCAAUACUACCUACUGGUGAAUGCAAGGACCAUGAUGUCCCUGCCUUGGUGGACUAUCACAAAACCCGCUCCGAGUAUCCUCAUGGCUGGGAAGUUAAAAAUCGUUGCCACAGUUUAUUGAAUUGGUUUUCUCAACGUUCGUACAAACAGAAAUACUCGAAGUUACUCCCUUUAAAUCAGAAUUCAUUUGAAGUCUUGAAUCACAUUGAAGAUAAUCAAUUCUCUAUUUUAAUCGGGAAAACUGGGAGUGGAAAGACGACUCAAUUGUCUCAAAUAGUUUUUGAUUACUAUAUUCGUACAAAACGUGGUGGAGAGUGUAGGGUCAUCUGUACGCAACCGCGAAGGAUAGCCGCGAAGUCAGUGGCAGAACGUGUUGCUGAAGAACGUGGUCAAGAGCUGGGUGAUCAAGUCGGUUACAAGAUAGGUUUUGAUACUAAACUCCCCAAUCCUCACGGAAGCAUCACAUAUUGUACCACAGGAAUUAUCUUACAACAAUUAAUACACCAUCCCGAUGCUAUACUUGACAGCACAACACAUCUUAUUAUUGAUGAAGUCCAUGAGAGAGAUCUGGACAUCGACUUCCUUUUAACCAUGGUUAAAAAGCUUGUGAGAGCCAGAAUUGAAGCUGGAAAACCUGCACCAAAAGUGUGCUUGAUGAGUGCCACCGCUGACGCCGAGAUGCUUCAAGAAUAUUUUGCUUUCAAAGAUGGAGCCCGAGAAAUUACCUGCCCAGUUCUACAUGUGGAAGGCCGAGCUUUCCCUGUAGAAAAAUACUAUCUCGAAAAUAUAAUGAAUACUUUCAGAGAAACAUACUCAACAGGCCAUCCUAUAUGGGACCUUCUCGACUCAACAAAGAACAAGACUUAUCUAACGAGUGAACAGCGGAUCAAGAAAACUGAUUUAGUCGUGGAUAUUGAGAAUGAGCAGCCUGAAUCAGCGAUCAAAUGGGACAGCCAUGACGAUGAUCCCGAUAGUCUACAGAAGCAGAUAGCAAUGGACACUUUGGAGGGGCAAGUACCCGUUGAUCUGGCUGCUAUUGUGGUUGCACACAUAGCGAGUACUACAGAAGAUGGUGCAAUACUACUUUUCCUGCCGGGCAUACGAGGUAUCAAUCUCAUUGAAAACAAUCUAAGGACGCAAAAUGUUUUUAAUGUAAACUUCAAUGACGAAAGUAAGUUCAAGAUUCUGAAGUUACACUCCUCUACUGCAGAUAAACAUCAGGAAGUCUUCAAGCCAGUCUCUCCAGGUUGUCGAAAGAUCAUUUUAGCCACAAAUGUUGCUGAAACCUCAAUCACUAUUGACGAUAUUCAAUACGUUGUGGAUACUGGAAAACACAGGGAAAACAAUUUUCAUCAAAUGUUACGAAUUUGGUCACUGCCUUGUAAAUGGAUUAGCAAAUCGAGUGUGAAACAGAGAUCAGGUCGAGCAGGCCGUGUUCAAAACGGUAGUUAUUAUGGCCUCUUUUCAAAACGUCGCUAUGAUUCCCUUAGAACAGCCCCUCGCCCAGGAAUGAGUCGCGUUGAUUUGCAGAACACCUGUCUCGCAGUUAACAUUCUGGGUUACAAUGAAUCUAUUCAAAAUUUCUUAGCCAGCGCUCCAGAGCCUCCAUCACCUAAAGCAAUACAGUCAAGCAUUGAGGGUCUUCAAACACUUGGAGCACUCACUUCCACAGAAGAAAUUACUCCUUUGGGCCGAAUAAUUGGGAUGCUCCCGUUGAGGCCCGCACUGGGCAAAAUGGUGAUUCUCGGAAUCGUUUUUCGUUGCUUAGAUUCUAUGAUAAUUUUAGCAGCCUUUGACAACAUAAUACUUCAAGUGCGUCCACUAUAUAUGGAAGAAGAAUCUGAUGCGGCAAUGAGAGGAUUUGCAAGGAGAUCCAAAAGCGAUCAUGUCGCCAUGCUCAAUGCUUUCCGUGCACUUCGCCAUUUGGAAGAGGUUGAUGGUCGCGGAGUCAUGGCCUCAUUUGCAUACCAGAAGUUUCUGAGUGUAGCAAAAUAUGACACAGUGAAGCGAAACAUUGGUUUAAUCCAACAAGCGCUUCGAAGAAAUGGUUUGGUGGUAAAUCAAGAGACUCAAGGCGUAGCCGGAAUUGGUGAAAUGUAUGGCGGAGAGGUUCUAAACGAGAACUCGGAUCAGGAUGAAUUGAUCAGAGCACUUCUUGUACAGGGUCUGUAUCCGCACAUUGGUACAUGGAGUAAUCGCGAAACCAAAUAUCAAAUCGUCGCCAACGAGAAAGUACUCGUUCAUGUACAUCCAUCUUCUAUCAAUCACCCUCGGCAGCAACCUAACUUGAAAGUUGAAGGCAUUACAUCUCCAUCAAAAGGCAAUGCCCGGUUGUUAUGCUUUGAUAAGCUCACUCUCCUAAGCAAUAAAAACCUUGUCAUGCAACGUACAACUGCUGUAACACCUUUUAUGGUAUCCUUGUUUGGCGGGACGCUGAGUCAAAGUGCAGAUAAUGCAAACCAAGUCGAAGUAGACAAGUGGCUUCCAUUCGAUGUGCGAAGCACAGACAAACUGAGAGGUGCAGAGGGUGUUGCGGGACAGACCCUUGUACGUUUCAACAAGGCAUUGCGACAGCUAGAAAAUAUUUCGUUCAACGAUUUGGCCAACGGGGAAUACGUUGCAGACAAUGAAUUAUCUCAUAAUUUCGCGAAAGCUCUGAAGGGAAUGUUAAUCACGGAACAGGAUAUUGAUAGACUUGCGGAAGAGGUCGAACUCGACCUUGCUAUGGACCUACGCAAGUUUUGGAAUCGAUCCGAAUCGCCAGUUGAUAGAAUACCACCAAAGGAAUCUAGGGAGAAUGUACCAAAGUUUUCACUCCUUGAAGAAACACAAGAUGAUGAAGAUUCGUACGGGUCUUUUUUGGAAUUGGUUGAAAGUGCUUUGGAAGGUCCCACUACCACUAAGCUUCACUCGGAAGUAGCAUCUUCCUCCUCACAAGUCGAGUCACAGCCCUUCACGGAAAAUGUGGCCACUAAAGAUAGUGAUGGUGAUGAAUCAAAGAAUUCGGGAAAUCUAAUUCCUUUCAAGUACAUGCCUGGAUCCAAAUUCCUAAACGGGCGUCGAAAUACUGGAAAUGUGCCUCUGAAAGACCGGCUCAGUAGCUCAGAAACCCCUCCUGGGAAUAAAUCUAAAACCAAAGAAAUCAAUCACUUAUUAAACAACAUAUUUAAAGGGUUAUAA